AUGAAUAUGGAGGACGAAUUGUCUAGAUCUUUCUUUGAUUCUAAACAAUCAUCAGACUCAGAAAUUAUUCAAGAAGUCAGCAAAUCAUUGUCAGCUUCUUUAUUCACCGAGCCUUUAAACAUUAACAUCGGAAAUCCUUGGGAUCCCCCCUCUUCAAUAAAUGGAAUUGAUGUUUCCAAUAUUUUAUCCAAUGUUUCUUUGCCUGAAAUAUAUGCAACAGCAUUUGCACUUACUUCUACAAAUGGUGGGUCGGUUUCUGUUUCAGCAUUAAACAAAGUUUUAAGCAUUAGUGGUUUACCUCAUGCGACAGUUGAAAAGGUAAUUUAUUCUACUCGCCUCAACAGAGGAGAAUUCAAUGUGGCACUUGCACUUGUAGCUUUAGCACAAAAAAAUAUGGACGUUUCAAUUGAUAACCUGAUUGAGAGAAAACAUGAUCUUCCUGAACCAAUUCUUACAAAUAUGGAAAGUAUCAACUUUAAUCGCAAUCUAAGUUUCUCCACUAUCACAUCUCGUCCAUCAUCAAUUCCAGUUCUUCAGGAUGAUGAUCCUUGGGCUAUUUCAUCAGCAACAAAUGGUAUUGACAUUAUAACAUCAUCACCAUCAACGUCUGCUGCAAUAGGAAUAUCAGGAGAAACUAUGACAUCAACUUUUUCACCAAUCAUAUCAAAUACAAUAAUAUCACGAUUUCCAAGUGAUAGCAACGGUGCAAGUACUAUUUUACCAAAUAUUAAUAGGACUUUGAUACUAGAUGAUCGUGAGUCUCAUUGGUUUCUAGAUGCAGGUAUCAUUAAAGUGAAAUUUGCUCCUGAACAUGAAGUGAAAAGAUAUCCAUUCAGAAUUUUACCUGCUUUGCCACCCAAAAAAAUAGGAGUUAAUGGAUUUUAUUUCACAUAUGAUGAAACAUUUUUGGAGAAACGGCGAAAAGGUUUAGCAAGAUUUUUGAAUUUUAUUGCAAGGCAUCCAGUUUUAAAGAGUGAUGAUUUGGUGGAAAUGUUUUUAACCGAACAAACUGAAAUAGCAAUAUGGCGUAGGAAUAAUACACCAGAUUUGGAUGAAGAGUUUUUAAAAAAAGAAAUUUCAUCACAAAUGGAACAACGCAUACCUAAAGAUUUGAAUGCAAGAUUAGAAAUUGUAUAUAAUAAUUUGGAUCGAUCUAUCGAACAUUACGCAAAUAUGUGUAAUUUCAUGGAACGUAUUGCUCAUCGUCAGGAAGGCACAGCGUCUGAUUAUACACGUUAUAGUUUGGCUUUAAAUUCGUUGAUUGAAAACGGGAAAGAUUGUUAUACGGAAAAUUGUUAUAAUUGUUCACAGAUGAUGAAUGGUUUAGAACAAAUAUCAAGUCAUUUUCAACAUGCAAGUACCAUAAUGGAAGAUGCUGCUACAUCUAUUCUUGAUACUGUUCUUGAGGAUUUGAAGAGACACCGAGAUUUACUUGUAUCAUUCAAGGAUACGUUUGAGAGAAGAGAUAGAUUAACAAUUGACACUGUUGAAACUCUUAAUAGUAGGAUAGCAAUAAAUCAAGCAAAACUUAGACCAUUAUCAGGCAAAGAAUCAUCAGACCCAGAGGUGGAGAAAUUAGCAUCUGCGAUCCAAAAGGAUGAAGAUGAUAUUAAAAUUCAACUUGGAAAACAAAUUUUUGUACGAUAUUGUAUGUAUUCAGAACUUAAUCUGUUUCAUGAAAGCUCAGCCUUCAUCUCACUUCUAUAUCAAAAAUUUAUAAAUGAACAAAUGAAAUACACUCAACAACUUUAUAAAAAUUGGGAUGUAUUAAAUCCCAAAGUUCGUGAGAUGCCAAUUGAAACAAACGGAUUUGGUUAA